GUGAUGUUUUAGGUCGAGUUCAGACAUCUCCAGUUUCCAUAUCAGUAUCUCCAGUACUUUGUUUUUUUGCUCCAGAUUUCAGCCUCCGCAGUCUCUCGCGACACCAAAGCGGCAAGGUUCACCUCCCUGAUUUGUGGGAAUGCCGCUCAGAAAAAUAUGUCCACCUGUUACAGUGCACCAGUGACAGGCCAGUCAGCUACUCCAGCCCCUUUCACCUUUCACUCCAAAGGAGGAAUAAUUUACUCAGAAAAAUAAACGGACUGGCAGGAAUUGGUACCAGCAGUGCCACAAAUUCCUACCAAGCAGCGCUGUGUACUGACCUAACGAAGCCAUUGGAGAUCCGGCAACUGCCUGCAGUUGCACUCAAAUCCACUGAGGUGCGAGUAGACCUUCACUGCUGCGGUGUGAACUUUGCUGAUAUUCUGAUAUGCCGGGGACAGUAUCAGCAGCAGCCACGGCUCCCCUUCACUCCAGGAAUGGAGUUCACCGGAUCGGUGACAGAGGUUGGUACAAAUGUCGCAACGGUUUGCAAGGGAGACCGAGUGAUAGGCGUGUGUCCCAUGGGGGCAAUGGCGGAGGAGUGCAUCAUUGACCACAAGAUGCUGUGGCCAAUCGAUGAGACCAUCCCGUAUGAGGUGGCGACAGUGUUACCGGUAUCAUACGGCACAUCCAUUCUGGCUCUGCAGCACCGAGCAAAGACACAGCCAGGGGAGACUGUUCUGGUGACCGCGGCUGCUGGUGCAGCAGGACUUGCUGCAGUGGACGUUGCAUCUCAUGUUCUAAAUGCGAAGGUCAUUGCGGCUGCAGGAACGGAUGAGAAAUGUGAACUGGCUGUACAAAAAGGUGCAGUAGCAGCCAUCAAUUACACCACACACAGCGUGAAGGAAGAGGUGAAAAAAAUUACUGGAAACAAAGGAGUGGAUGUGGUUUUUGAUGCUGUGGGAGGAGAUAUAUUCAAGGAAGCUUUCAACAGCUUGGCUUGGGAAGGCAGGAUUGUGGUGGUUGGUUUUGCUGGGGGAGAUAUACCAAGCAUACCAGCCAACCAACUGCUAAUAAAGAAUGUAACGGCCAUGGGUGUUUACUGGGGAAGAUAUCAAGAUCUGAAUUACCCGAUCUUCUCCAAAUCCAUUAUGUCCGCGAUUCAAUACUACAAGGAGGGAAGAAUCAGACCCCACAUUGGUGCGGUCUUUAAACUGCAACAGCGUACUUUCCACGCCAGUUCCGUGAGGACACAGUGCUCAGACUACUGCGAGAGAAGGACCAUUUUUGCACUGAGCUCUGGUCAUGGCAGAUGUGGGGUAGCUGUUAUCCGAGUGAGUGGUCCUGCUAGUAGGAAUGCACUAAGCUCCUUGACUGGCCUGAGACCACUACCUUCAGCCAGGGUGGCUGUCAUCAGGCCCCUGCUAGACCCCAGGUCUGGGGAGUGCCUGGACAUGGCCCUGGUGUUGUGGUUUCCAGGCCCACGCAGUUUUACUGGAGAGGAUUGCUGCGAGUUUCACGUCCACGGUGGAUCAGCGGUAGUCAGUGGAGUACUUCAGGCCCUGGGAGGCUUGCCUGGGCUGCACCCAGCUGAAGCAGGGGAGUUCACAAAGCGUGCUUUUCAGAAUGGGAAACUGGACUUGACUGAGGUGGAGGGCCUGGGAGACCUCAUUCACGCUGAAACAGAAGCCCAAAGAAGACAGGCACUAAGGCAGAUGUCUGGCGACCUGGGAGAGCUUUAUCGUGGCUGGAGUGAGAGGCUAACUCGAUGUUUGGCUCACGCAGAAGCUUACAUUGAUUUCAGCGAAGAUGACAACAUUGAGGAGGGCGUACUUAACACAGUUGACAGUGACGUGCAUGUGUUGCAGAGAGAGAUUGACAGUCACCUGUGUGACAGCCGCCGAGGUGAAAGGCUGAGGGAGGGAGUUCAUGUUACAAUAGUCGGGAUGACAAAUGUCGGCAAGAGUAGCCUUUUGAAUGCAAUUUGUCAAAAACCCACUGCCAUAGUGUCACCUAUAGCGGGGACAACGCGAGAUGUUGUGGAGGCGGCCCUGAACAUUGGAGGGUACCCCAUACUUUUGAGUGACACGGCAGGACUCCGAGAAACAUCUGACAUCGUUGAGCAAGAAGGCGUGAGGCGCGCGCGGCAGAGGUUCAAUCAGGCGGAUGUUGUGGUUGUGGUAGUGGAUGCCACAGAGCUCCCAACACACUUGACUGAUGUAGUCCACUUUCUCCAAGAUUAUCUGAGCAAAGUAAUUUUGCAUAAGCCUAACAAGGACUGGGAUAAGUUCAGCCCAGAACUGGCAGACUGGAUUGUAGUUUGUAAUAAGAUGGAUCUGGUUCAGAUGGAGGACUUCAAUAAGCUGCCCGUAAUUCUUAAAGAACAUGGACUGCCUCAGGUGUGCAUGCUAUCAUGUAAAACCGGCAAUGGUUUUGAUGACUUCCUACAUGUCCUCGGUGAAAAGGUUGAAAAGAUGUGUGGGAACCCCUUGUCUGGAAAUCCUAGCCUGACACAGGCCCGACAUCGGUUGCACCUCCAGAACUGUGCCCAUUAUCUAUUGCAAUAUCACCAGCAUCGAGAGCUGGACAUUGUCCUGGCUGCAGAGUAUCUCAGAAUGGCACUAAGAGAACUUGGAAAGAUCACUGGAAAAAUUGGAAUUGAAGAUAUCCUGGAAGUUAUAUUCAUGAAUUUCUGUAUUGGUAAAUAAAACAUCCAAAAGAGAAGUUUAUUUUUAACUCCUCUUGUCAAUGGACACUACAUAUCAAGAUGUUUGUGAUCUAUAGAGUAGACGUGUUUCCGAUAAAUGCAAGCAAUCCUUGGAUGUCCUAAGCUCGUAUCAAUUCACUUCAAAUAUUGUACUAUUGGCUCAUGAAGGCAAGCGCUGUGCAAGUAAAAUCUUUGGAGAACUUGUUGUUCCUGA